AUGGCUUCGACUUCAUUACCGCCCCAAGCUGGCAAGGUGGAUCUGUCCAAGAAGUUGUCAGAGUUGCGGUCAAGCAACCGCCGAUCACACACCGCUGCCCAAGACGCAACCCCGAGAACCCCUCCUUUGCCGUCGCCGCCAACCCUCUCCGAUCACCAAUACUCUCGCCCUGUUCGCCGCAUUCUUUCCCCAAAAGACCAUGAGAUCUUCACUUCGUCCCCUACAUACAGCCUAGUACUUGCAUUUAUCUUCGGCCUCUCCGACUCGGUGCGCGGUCGAGCCGUCACCGAUGAAAAGAAGCCCGAGUCCGAUGCCGUUUCCAAAAUCUCCUCCGUCGUGGGGCAACUUCGGUCCCUGAUCGACAAGCACCCGGCAAUUGACCAGGGUGGAUCGCGGUUCGGCAACCCUGCAUUCCGCACCCUGUUCGACGAUGUCUCUACCCAAAGCGCGUCGUGGCACCGCGAUCUCCUUGGGCUGAAGGAUGCUGCAGCGAUCGACGAGGUGUCGACAUACCUGAUCCACUCCCUGGGCUCGCGAGACCGACUGGACUACGGCUCGGGCCACGAGCUGAAUUUUAUGAUGUGGCUACUUUGUCUCUAUCAGCUGGGUCUUCUCUCGGCUGCGGACUUCCCUGCUGUGGUGUUCAAAGUCUACAUCCAGUAUGUGCAUCUCAUGCGUGAUAUCCAGUCCAUCUACUACCUGGAGCCUGCGGGAUCUCAUGGUGUCUGGGGUCUGGACGACUACCACUUCCUUCCAUUCCUGUUUGGAGCCAGCCAGCUGGUUGAUCACCCGUACGUGACGCCGCUGGGGAUUCAUAAUACGGCCAUGCUGGAUGAAGAAGGAGACAAGUAUCUCUACCUCGACCAGGUGCGCUGGGUGGACAGUGUUAAGACGGUUAAAGGUCUCCGGUGGCAUAGCCCAAUGCUGGAUGAUAUCUCGGGUGCAAAGAACUGGUUCAAGGUCGAGAGCGGCAUGAAGAAGAUGUUCGUCAAGGAGGUAUUGGGUAAACUGCCCAUCAUGCAGCAUUUCCUGUUCGGUAGUCUUCUACCCGCCGCAGAGGGCAUGGGCGAACUUUCUGAGGAAGAUGGUGCGGACGGUCAUGACCAUGCGCAUGAUCACUCUCACGACCAGCAUAGCGACUGGUUUGGAGACUGCUGCGGCAUCAAGGUACCCAGUACGGUGGCUGCAGGUGCGGAGAUGCGCAAGCGGAUGGGUGGAUCGGGAUUGCGCCCGAUUCCCUUCGAUUAG